AUGCCUCUUACUGAUCAACAGUUGCGUCAGGAGCUGAUACAAUUAGGUGAAACAGUUCCUCCCAUAACACAACGAAACCGUGAACAACUACGCGCUCGUCUUGAAGCUCUUCAAACGCGCUCGCGUUCACCUCCUCGAACAUUAACAACACGUACACGUUCCACUACGUCACCAUCACGUGCAGCGGCGCGUUCACGUCCUGGGCGUCGUUUGAUUGAGUUGAGCGAUUCGGAAACAGAUACUUCACCAUCACGUUCUCCAUCGAGAGGAGCUAAGCCAACAACACGAUCGAUUGCCGUUGGAAGAGAUACUCACACAUCACCCAGAGCAACUUCAGAUGUUGAAGAAUCUAUUGCCCGUCAUCGGCGUGAAAUUCAACAAUUGAUCAAUUCUGCACGUGAUCGAACGCGUGCUGCUCACGCAAAUAUCUCUUCGUCUAAUUAUGAACCAUCACCAAUCACGACACCUCUUCGUCCAACCGCAACCUCAACUUCAAUUCGUUCACGACAACCGCCAAGAUCUGAACUAGCCAAGCCCAAAGAACCAUCAUGGUUUAAUCGCACAGGAAAGCGAAUUCAGUCGUUUUGGAAAGUGAAUAGAGACGUAAUAUUAAAUGUGCUUAAAAUGGCUUUCAUCGGCAUACUUCUCGGCGGUGGUUUAAUUGUUUUAAAAAAGAAAGCACAUGAGAUAAUUCCACAUUCACGAGGUAUUACUUGCACUCCGCAGAAUGCGACACAGUGCGACGAAAUGAUACCGGUAUACGAUGCUGUCAAACAAUAUCUGGAAAUACGAACUGGAGAAGUCGAGUGUGGUAUGCGCAAAAAAAGUGAACGAUACGUUCCCGAAAGAGAAAUCAAUCAGUAUCUUGAUAAAAAAGGAUUUAAAUUUGAAAACGGUCCUGAAGAACGAUGGAAGACACUAGUAGCUUAUAUACUUGGUCGUGAGGGUGAUCAUGAGCUCUCAAUAUGGUCUUCUGAUAACGCACCAACAGGUGAUUAUAACAACGCGGCGAAAUUGAGUUCAGAAGAAGGCAAAUAUUCCCUAACGUGUCGUUUGCAAAAAAGUGCACAAUCCAUCAUGCGAAAUUUAGCAUGGCUCUCAUUAGGUACAAGUGGCUUCUUGGCUUUAGGCUGGCUUUGGAAACGACGUCAUAACCAAUUCGAAGAACGCGAAAAAACUUACAAAGACCUGACUCAAAAGAUUAUCGAUCUCUUAGAAGAACAAUACGAUGAACAUUUACGUAAUCCUGAAACUGAUCCAUGGGUUGCCAUCAAUCAUAUUCGUGACAUGCUUAUUCCGACACACGAACGACAAAAACUGAAGGAACUUUGGGAGCGAGCGAAGAAACAAAUCAGCGAACGUGAAUCACGUGUUCGCGCUGAAUCCCAAUUGAUUCAUGGUGAAGAGCAUGAUGUAUGGAGAUGGAUACAACCACGUUCAUCAUCAAGUCCGUCGUCACCCAGAAAAAAACGACCGGAAUCACCACAUGGCACAAACGAAGAUAGCUAUGUGUAUAUGCCACCCGAUGUUGGCCUGACACAAUGUCUCAAAUUACGAAACUUCUUCGAUUCAGACACGAUGGUUGACGAUGAUGAAAUCGAUCUCGUUAUUGAUAGUAUACGUAAUCGUUGUGCAACGGUUCACCGAAUCGAACAUAUCGGCAUCUAUUCAGUCUAUGUUUAUCUGAAGUUUUCAUCGAAAGAAGCCGCUUCGAAAGGUUUUCAUUUACUGAACAAUUGGAAAUAUCACGGUCGAGAAAUCAUUGCUAAAUAUCUGCGCCUCGAACGAUAUCAUGAACACUUCCCUGAAGCAAUAUCGUCCAAUAAUUGA